AUGAGAAACGAAGAGCUACGGACGUGGUUUAACAGGAUUCCAAAUCCUAAUGCACCAGCACCACCGUAUCCCAAUCUUCACCAUGGUCACGUGGUCUCUCUCACGUCACAAUCUUAUCCUUCGAGUCCUUUUUCCAAUGGGUUUCGUUUGCACGGGGAUAAGAGUAAGAGUACUAUGGAUGAUAAUGAUGAUGAAAUUUAUGUGCGAUUGUCUAAGGAAUUUUCUGGAAUGAAUAUUUUGGAUGAACAUGCGCAUGCUGCCAAAACCAGGGGAUCAUAUGAUGUUUUGGACUCACCAUACUCGUAUACAUAUACACCUUGUUCUUUGGAUGCACAUGCUCCUGAAGAAACAGGUACCCUAUCAUAUCAACAACACACCCCAUCAUCUAUUUUUGGACCCCCAAUGGAGUCUUCUCUCAACCAUGGGAGGAGUACUUGUUAUGGACAAAUUCAACUGCAGAAGCCCCCUUUUGCUUCUUCUUACUCUGGUGAUCGUUUUCUGUGCUCACAGAGGGAGUCUUUUGGAAUGGAUCGUGAUACAUGCUGGGAUGUCAAGAGUCCCUUCGCAUUCUCUCAAACCAUGCAACCCAAGGUUGCUUUGAAUCUAAACACUCCAUCAUCACAUUAUUUCUCUGCAACAAAAGAAAGGGCAAGGGAAGCUGCCAAUGAUGAACUUUCCCAACGUCUCUCUCCCAGGAGAACCGGAGGGGACCCUGUGGCGUUUAAAUGUGAUAAUAGUUUUAUUAUACAAGAGAAAGAUAUAAGAUGUUGUGCUAACAAUAGGUGCAAUUCUUUGUGGGGUUGCAAAAAUAAUUCCCACCAUGAGGUUGCAAUUCAAGUUGUGAGUGAUGAAGUUCCUAAACUCAUUUCUCAUGUUCCUGCUAGUCAUGUGAGUAAUAGCACUCUUGCAAGUAAUUCCCCACAGCCCAUGCUGCACAAUUUUUGUUCUUGGGCUGAUGUCCAAGGUUACAUGUGUCACCUGGCAAAGGAUCAGAAUGGUUGUCGCUUCCUACAGAGGAUGGUUGAUGAGGGAACCUCUAAAGAUGUGCGAAUAGUGUUUAAGGGAGUCAUAGAAAAUGUUGUUGAACUUAUGAUGGACCCUUUUGGGAAUUAUCUUGUGCAAAAGUUGCUGGAUGUAUGCAGAGAAGAUCAAAGACUGCAGAUUGUGCUAAUGUUGACCAAAGAACCAGGGCUGCUAGUCAGAACCUCUUUAAACCUACACGGCACUCGCGUGGUUCAGAAGUUGAUUGGGACACUGAACUCUAGAAAGCAAAUUUCAUUAGUGAGGUCCGCCAUUCAACCUGGUUUUCUGGAUCUUAUUAAGGAUCUGAAUGGAAAUCAUGUCAUACAACGUUGCUUGCAAUGCUUUAGCUGUGAAGAUAAUGAGUUUAUUUUUGAGGCUGCUGCAAAGUUUUGUGUUGAUAUAGCUACUCAUCAGCAUGGGUGUUGUGUACUACAACGUUGCGUUGAUUAUGCAAUGGUAAAGUAUCAAGAUAGGCUGCUCAAAGAAAUAUGCAGACAUGGGCUUUUCCUAGCUCAAGAUCCAUUUGGAAAUUAUGUUGUUCAGUAUAUUAUUGAGAUGGAGAACCCAAGUGCCUCAACCAAACUAAUUUCUCAGUUCAAAGGGAACUAUGUAAACCUCUCCAUGCAAAAAUUUAGCAGUCACGUGGUUGAAAAAUGUCUCAAGCAUGUUGGAGAGAGCAGAUCGAGGAUAGUCCGAGAAUUGCUGUCUGUUGCUCACUUUGAGCAGUUGCUGCAAGACCCAUAUGCCAACUAUGUUGUUCAACGUGCCCUCGGAGUGACCAAGGGCACUCUGCAUGCGUCUUUGGUUGAAGCAGUUCGCCCCCACAAAAUCUUGCGCACAAGCCCAUAUUGCAAGAAGAUUUUCUCACGAAAUGUGCUUAAGAAGUGA